AUGUGCGAGAUAAGUGGAUACGGUAGCGAUGGUCCUUACAAGACGAAGAAGGCAUACGAUCUCCUUGUACAGAGUGAAGCCGGUCUGUUGAGCAUUACAGGCACUCCAGAUGAACCGUGCAAGGUAGGAGCCAGUAUCGCUGACAUUGCGGCGGGCAUGUAUGCCUACAGCUCAAUCAUGGCUGCACUGCUUCAGCGGCAGAAGACUGGGAAAGGGUGCCGGAUCGACAACACGACGCUGAGGUCACAAAACCGAACAGAGUUAUACCAGAUCAUUUGCGACAGAUUCAAGGAGAACACGGCAGUGGAAGUUGUAGAGAAACUGGAGAAAGCCGGAAUCGCAAACGCGAAACUCAACAGCAUGAACGAUGUGUGGGAGCACCCUCAGCUCGAGGCGAGAAACAGGUUCGCAGAGGUAGAGACUGAAGCAGGUUUCGUAAAAACCUCAAUACCACCCGGCAUGUCUGGUGAUGUACAGGCGCGUUUAGAACCUGUCCCGGCUAUUGGACAGCACAACGAAAAAAUUCUGCGCGAGUUUGGUCUUGAGAAGAAGACAACGCAACAAGAGAAAUCAGAGAAGGACGUGAAGAUGAGUGUCUGA